UCAUGGGAUGAACAACGAUAUUGUCUACGCUUUAUCUUUGCUCAUACCCACCAAGAUCCGAACUCCCAAUUAACAAGAAACAAACACACACAAGUUAACAACAGCGCAGCAUUUAAAACUAUACAAAUAUUUAUAUUAGCGCAUAUAGCAAGUUAUAGUUUAUAUAAAUUUUGCCUAAUUGUUCAAAAUGUGGCUAACCGAUUGCAUUACGAUGACCCGCUAUAAGCAGACCGAGUUCACCGAGGAUGAUUCAAGUUCAAUUGGCGGCAUCCAGUUGAACGAGGCAACCGGACACACCGGCAUGCAGAUACGCUAUCAUACAGCCCGGGCCACUUGGAACUGGCGCUCGCGGAACAAGACCGAGAAAUGGCUGCUCAUAACCACCUUCGUGAUGGCCAUUGUGAUCCUCACUUUGCUCAUCAUGCUCUACUCGAACGGCGGCUCCGGGGAUGGGGGCAAGCAAGAGUUGCAUCUCCACUCCCAUAAGAAGGAUUGCUGGACCGCCAGUGAGAGGCCCUGUCUCAAUGAGCACUGCAUAUUCGCCUCGAGCGAGAUACUCAAGUCGAUUGCAAGCGAAGCGGGCUUUAGAAUAUCGCUGCUGCCCGAGCCUGCCAAGAGUGCAGAGUCCGUCAAUCUGGAGCACGAGGCCAUACCAUCCAAAGUGCUUAGCCUCUAUGACAACAGUCAGCAGAAGAUUUCGAAUCUAGCGCAUCCCACUCCCUUGCUGGACAGCAUACAAGAGCAUGAGAAAUAUGGCAACAAUGGCGAUAAGUUUGACAACAUCUCGCGCUCCAUUGUGAAUGGCUAUGAAGCAUUUUCCAACUUCCUCAACAGCUUGAUACAGAAACCCAAAGAAGUUGCUCGUAGCGUCUCCAAGGGCAUCACAGCUCAAUUGGACAUCAUUGGGGGCAAGCUAGUGGGACUUUAACAACAAUAAAAUUAAUACAAAUUGAUACUGAAAUGUU